GUUCCCCGCCUUUUGAGUAAGCGGCAGUGUCCUCGGGACGUCGCCUUCACAACAAUACCCUGACGGUUUCUAAUUUGACGCCGUUUUAACGAGUUGCUGACAGACUUUUCCCGAACAUGUAGCCGACGCUUCACUUUAUAUCGACCCACCGGCAGCCAUGUUGUUACCGUCCGACGUCGCUCGGCUUGUUUUGGGGUACCUCCAGGAAGAGGGACUGUCUGCCACAAGCCAAGCUUUCAUUCAUGAGAGCCCUAACCUCAGAGAGUAUGCCGACCACACCAUAGGAGAUGGGACUAUUCCUGCUUGUGUGUUUUCUAUCUUUGGAAAAGGCCUAACAACCAUCUUAAAUGAGUAUGUGGCGACCAAAACAAAAGAGUCUUGUCAUGAGGUUCCUGCUGUGAUGACUUCGUUGUGGAAAAAACUGGAUUUUACACUCAACCAGAUAAAGUCAUUGCAGAACUCUCCUGCUAUAACAGCAGCAUGUCAAAGAACGCGUUCGCGAGUCGGAGUGGCAAACAUGGCUCGGCAGCGGGUCUUGACCAUGGCUUCGUCGAGCGCUGUCGUCUGCUCAUCACUUUCUGAAACAAGCUCCAUCAUCAGCCCUGCGCUCACCUCCCACAGCAUGCUCAGCCAUUCCACCCCAGUGAGCUACACUGCCCCGCACACCAGACCAGCGGAUUCACCUGUACAGAUAAUUGUUUCAGAACAUCGGCUAAAUCCAGGCCCAAUGUCUCCCGGACGACGGAAAUGGGACACCCCCAGGAAGAGAGGUGGUGCAGUGAGUGGGUCCAGUGGCCUUGGCAGAUGUGCCACAGCUGCCAGUAGCCUCAGUGCAGAACCCCAACCUGAGGAGAGCGUUGACGAGAACUUUCCUCAACUUGUGAUACAAAAUGCACGUGACAAGAUAUUGGGGGACAGGUCGUUACAGGAGAAGCUUGCUGAAAACAUCAACAAAAUCCUGGCCAGUGAUCCAGUGCCCCAAACAUCAAAGACCUCUUCAAGUACAGUGGAGGCAGACCAGUCUAUAGAUGAAAUCCUUGGAUUACAGGGGGAAAUCCACAUGAGUGACGAUGCCAUCCAUGACAUUUUGGAGCAAACAGAGUCUGACCCAGCUUUUCAGGCCCUCUAUGACCUCUUCGAUUACAAUAAAACCAGAUUCACUGAUGGAGAACCAGGAGAUGAAGUUAUUAGCAGUAGUCCAGAAGAGAGUGACACUGCUGGACCUUCAUCUGCUGUCAGACCCCUUCAGAGUGAUGAUCCAGGCACUACACACAAAGAUGCUAAUGUUUCGGUUACAACACCAAUGACAGUAAAGAUGAGAACUGGACAAGAGCGCAAGACCAGAAAGUCUGCCACUCCGACCUUGUUAAAGAAAACAGUUAUUGGCCCCAGCGGCAGAGCGUCCAGAAUUGAGAACAGUUCAGCCAGAUUGUUAGUGAGUCAUGGGGAGCACCGCAGUGUCUCAUCUGCUUCAGGGGACUCGAACAGAAAAGAAAAAGCCUCGCUCUUCAAUAACAGUGUUUUUGUAACACCAAUGGAUAUUGACGAACCAUUGAAUACACCGCCCCCUCCUUCAGAAACUCAAGAGCCUGCCCCAGAGGACAGCACCUCCACCAUGACUGCGCUCAGUGAAUCAACUGCAGUUUCCUCAUCAAGAGCCUCUGCUGUGUUUGCUUUGCCAGAAUCAACAUCGGCCUCUAUUGUGGACAAAAAACAAGGAUCUAAAGAACAACCUGUUAAAGCCCCCUCUUCAUUACUGAGCAGUCAACCUGCUUUUUUGUCUCCUCUACAAGUUGAACUGAACAACACUCCGACGCCGACUGCCGGCCUACCUCAAAUGUCAAUUUCACGCAGUGGAGGAGACACUCAACCAGCGUUUAUUGCCUCAGUAACGCCUGAAACCGCCUCCACCAUAUCUGCUGCACCUUUCACAGCAACACCUGGCCCACCCGCAUCUACUUCCACCUCUGCAACGCUUCCAGCUACACCUGCCUCAUCCACAGCCGCCUCACCUGCAUCCUCCUCCUCUUGUGCCCCGGUUUGUGCAGCACCUGAUCCUGCGACCACUAACAAUACCGUCCCAAGCAAGGCCGCAGCUGAUUCCAAUAUAGUUUCUUUGAAGAUCAUCAUCAGCGAUAACCAGGAAGAGGAUUCUUCCUGUGACCCGGCCUUGACUCAGGCUAUUUCUAGCAUUUCUGUAGACAAGAUCCCUACCAUUUAUCUUUCUUCUCCAGCUAAAUCCCCUGCAGUCCCUGGCACACCAAAGACCAGUUUGGAUGAGGCAGCACAGGCAGUUAGUGGAUUACAAAGCUCUGAGGUAUAUGCUAGUCCUCUUGGCAGUAAGACUGCGGCUUUAAUUGCAUCCCCAUUAACAGGAACAUCACAAGCACAGCAAAACUACAUAAUUCAGCUACCCCUGGACACCAGUACACCUGCCCUUCAAGGAGCCACUGCAAGCUAUUUCAUUGUGACAGAACCCCCAACUACAGACCCUCAAACCAGACAGGUGCUACUGUCUGCUGGUGUCCCAAAGGGACAGCCGGUAUCCACCACGCCAACUCACACUCAAGGCUACUCCACAGGGUCUGCACUCAUCUUACCAUCACCUGUUAAGUCCAUGAUGCUUCCUGUGUCUGUUAUGGGGCAGAAUACUCUGGGGAAGGUCCAGAUGGUGUCCAAUCAGCUUGUUGCCAUACCAAACCCAGUUCCAGUACAGCAGUCAGAAACUUUCAAGCCCAAAUCUCCCACAGUUAAACGGUCUACAACUGCUGGCACUGAGCAACAUCUGGUUGGUAAGUUGGUUCAACCUGUGUUGGCCGCAAACAGCGGCCAGCAGGAUACAUCAAAGGGUUCUACGCACAGGAGAAUUUUAUGUUUUGACUCUUCUGCAGAAGUUCAACCGGAAACUGCUAAAACAACAAGAACCACCUUACCUCCAGCUACAGAUAAAUCUACAUCACGAUCUGUCCAGCAGACUGAGAAAGAUAAUACACAGUCAAACACUCGAACAAAGCCCACUAUCUUGGGUGGCAACAAGCCCAAGAGGAGAGUGCAGACUGUCCAAUGCUCAGCAGAUCCCCAGACUGUAGGAAGCUUUGGGAAGGAGGCAGGGAAGCCCAUUCUUCCGCAACAGCACCAGAAAGAUCCUGUCAAAAAGAGCUCUCGCAAACAAGAUCAUAGCAUCCAUAACCAAGAGUCUCAAAGUGCAGGUACCAGCAGGGUUGAUGCCUCACAGCCUGAGACUUUGUUAGGAAAAGGAGAAUCAGGAAGGAGAUCAAAAUCUAUCGACAGGAAGCACAGUCAUGAUAAAGAUGGUGAUGGAGAAAAAGCUAAGGAUUCUCAUAGUUCUAGGUCUUUGUCCUCUGAUUCUGCUCUGAAAUCAGGCACUAGACAGGAGAAAGAGGAGAGUAGCAGGAAAGAACUUGCAGAAAAAGCUCCUGCCAAAUCACGUGAGGGGCGUACAGAAAAGAGGACUCCCUCUCAGGAGGUGCCAAAUGUGACGGCUAAUAAGGAGAAUGAAAUGAAGGGUAGCAUGAAAGAGCAGCAACAGCAAUCAACACCGUCAUCAUCAGCAUCAAGAGAUUUUAGCCCUCCAGCUGCCACCCAGCCAACAUCUAAUCCUCAGUCCAAGGCUACUAAAGCCCCCUCAAAGACCAGCUCUCUGGCCAAACAGGCAGCUGAGAUGCUGCAUGACAUCCAGGGGCUCCACUCACCUCCUGCCCCAGUCAAGAGGCCUGGAGCGGGCAGUUCAGACCUUAGUCUUCCCCGGACCCCUGGGUCUGGACGUAACCAGGAGGAGUCCGCUGACUCUCCCAGGACUCCUGCCCGACAGAAGAAGGGUAAAGAUGGAGAGGGGACUCCCAAGCAUCUAAUGCCUCCCAACACCCCGGAUGUCCCCACCUGCAGCCCAGCCAGUGAGGCCGGUAGCGAAAGCAGUAUUAACAUGGCUGCUCACACACUCAUGAUUCUUUCUCGUGCUGCCAUCGCCAGGACAGGCACUCCACUGAAGGACAGUUUGCGUCAGGAGGGCGUAGGAGAGAAGUCGCCUGCAAGCUCAAAGAGCUCCAAGAAACGCAAACAGUCUUCUCCCGCAGCCAGCCCGCCUGCAAAGAAAGACCGGGAAAGGAAGAAACUUAUUGAUUGCUUUCCCCAUGACUUGGAUGUGGAUAAGUUCCUGUCUUCACUUCACUAUGAUGAGUGAAACCAGACACAUGGACAGGAAAGGACUACCAUAUUACAACCUGCUUAGGUUACGAUCCAGGAAUAGAACAAGCCAUCUGCUAAAUCGGUGCCUAUGGUUCCUAUUAGUAACCUUGCCUGAGACCUUUUAAGCUCUAAUGACUCCUUCAGCCAAUGAGGGACUUAGAUUUGAUUGUCUAAUUUCCUGUGUGGGGGAUCUGCAUAGAAUCCUGUUAGAUGCAGCAGCAGUAGAGCAACCAUUGCACUUUGUUGUAUUCGUUUUUUACUCUCAUGCUUACUUCUGUUUUAAUCAUCAUUGUUUUGUACCACAACAAAACAAAACAUUUUUUGGCAGGGCACUUAACGGUGCAUGUUGUUAAAAUGGGUGACUCAAAGUUUUUCCUUGGUCAAUAUUUGACUCUACUUUUGAAUUUUAAAUCAAGCUAACACUGACUCAUAGGUUAGUUUGUAAGAAAUACAUUUUGGAACAUGUCUACUAGUCAUUUUAGGAACAUGAAUGAAGAACGAUCAUUGAUUGAAGUCUGAUUAAUUAAAAGAGAAAGUAAUGUGAACAUUAUAUUUUGUGGCAUAUAUGUGUAUAGUUUAUUGUUGGUAGAAUCAGACACACUCAGUGUGAAAAUGGCUGCACCUGUUCAAAUUUGCAUACUCAGGCGUUAUUCAUCAUUGUAAUAAAAGAAAGAAACUGU